GGUCGGCAUGGGGCUGGAGCCGCGCGGCUGAAAGCAGCCAUGUAUCUGCUGGACAGCAGCGAGCCGCCCGCCGCCGCCGCCGCCUCUCCCGAGAGGAUGCAGCGGGGCACCCCGCAGAGGAAGACCGUCUACCGCAUCUCCGUGACCAUGGUGAAGAAGGAGCUGCUGGGGCCCGACGGCGGCGCGGAGCCGGCGCGGCGCGGACGGCGGGGAGGCGGGCAGCCGGGCUCCCGCAGCCUUCCCCGCGCCGGGCUGCUGCUGGUGGAAGAGGAGGAGGGCGAGGAGCGGGAGGAGGAGGGCGGCGAGGAGAAGGACCGCGUGCCCAGCCCCCGCGGCUUCCGCAACUUCAGGACCCUCAGCACCGGGCAGCUGGAGCUGGGCCGCCUCAAGGUGCCGCGGAGGAGCGCGCGGCCCCUCGCCGAGCCGCCCUUCGGCUGGCCGCGGCACCCCGGCGACCGGGAGGAGGCCGGCGCCGCUCCCGCCGAGGCCGCCGGGCCGGAGGCCGCGGGUCCGGGGCGCAGCCCGCGGAGGCAGCCGGGCGUGCUGCGGCGCAGCUUCAGCUUCAGGCAGUGGAGCGGCUCGGAGCUGCUGCGGGCGCGGGCGCCGGGCCGGGUGCGGAGGCACAGCAGCUCCGGCUGCCUCCCGGCGCCGGCCGCGCGGAGCGAGGAGGCCGCGGCGCCCGGCUCUCCGCCCGCGGAGCCGCCCGCCGCCGAGAAGCGUAACACGCUGGACGUGGGUGAGGUGCUGAGCAAGGCCGAACCGCUUUCCGAGCUGGAGCGCUGGGAGCGGAGCAAGAGCAAGAACCGCACGCUGGAUAACAGCGACCUGCAGCGGCUGUCAGAACGCCUGGGGCGGGAGGGCGCGCCCGGUGGGCCCGUGGCACACGAGCACCGCUUGCUGCGCUUCUUCAGCGGUAUCUUCGCCCGCAAGGACGGCGCCUCCACGCUCUUCGGCGGCCCCCACGGCCGCUCCCCGCGCGGCAGCUUCUCCAGGUCCAGGGCGUAUUUCAGCAGCCUCCGCAGAGCCGCCGCCGACAUCGAGUCCAGCUCGGAGAGCAUCGAUGGGUCCCCCCGCAAAGAUGCCUUUGUAAAUAGCCAGGAAUGGACACUAAGCCGAUCCGUACCAGAGCUGAAAGUGGGGAUCGUAGGAAACCUAGCUAGUGGCAAGUCUGCACUUGUGCACCGCUAUCUGACUGGCACGUAUGUCCAGGAGGAAUCACCCGAAGAUAUGGAUGCAGGUGGGAGAUUCAAGAAAGAGAUAGUAGUUGAUGGACAGAGCUAUCUGCUGCUGAUUAGAGAUGAAGGUGGCCCUCCAGAGGCACAGUUUGCCAUGUGGGUGGAUGCUGUUAUAUUUGUCUUCAGCUUGGAAGAUGAAGUUAGCUUCCAGACUGUUUACCACUACUACAGCCGUAUGGCUAACUAUCGUAACACUAGUGAAAUUCCAAUGGUACUGGUGGGAACACAGGAUGCUAUAAGUUCCAGUAACCCACGUGUCAUAGAUGAUGCCAGAGCAAGGAAGUUAUCAAACGACCUCAAGAGAUGCACUUACUAUGAAACCUGUGCCACCUAUGGGCUCAACGUGGAGAGAGUCUUUCAAGAUGUUGCUCAGAAGAUCGUUGCGACGAGGAAGAAACAGCAGCUCUCAAUCGGACCCUGCAAAUCCUUACCAAACUCUCCAAGUCACUCAUCUGUGUGUUCUGCCCAGGUUUCUGCUGUACAUAUCAGCCAGACCAGUAAUGGAGGAGGGAGUUUAAGUGAUUAUUCCUCCUCUGUCCCAUCAACUCCAAGCACCAGCCAGAAGGAGCUACGGAUUGAUGUUCCUCCCACUGCCAACACACCAACUCCUGUCCGUAAACAGUCCAAGCGCCGAUCCAACCUCUUCACGUCUCGGAAAGGGAGCGACCCAGACAAAGAGAAGAAGGUCCUGGAGAGCAGAACGGACAGCAUCGGGAGCGGCCGUGCGAUCCCAAUUAAGCAGGGUAUGCUGCUAAAGCGAAGUGGCAAGUCAUUGAAUAAAGAGUGGAAGAAGAAAUACGUGACGUUGUGCGACAACGGCGUGCUGACCUAUCAUCCUAGUUUACAUGACUACAUGCAGAACGUUCACGGGAAAGAAAUUGACUUGCUGAGAACCACUGUGAAAGUUCCUGGAAAGAGGCCGCCUCGAGCUACGUCAGCUUGUGCCCCCAUCUCCAGUCCCAAAACAAAUGGCCUUUCCAAGGACAUGAGCAGUUUACACAUCUCACCGAAUUCAGGGAACGUGACUACUAGCACAUCUGUGUCUCAGAUGGCAAGUGGGAUCAGUCUAGUCUCCUUCAACAGCCGUCCGGACGGUAUGCAUCAGCGCUCUUACUCGGUCUCCAGUGCAGAUCAGUGGAGUGAGGCAACAGUCAUUGCAAACUCUGGCAUUAGCAGUGAUACCGGGUUAGGAGAUUCAGUGUGCUCAAGCCCAAGUAUAUCCAGUACAACCAGCCCCAAACUCGACCCGCCUCCUUCGCCUCAUGCCAACAGAAAGAAGCAUCGCAGGAAGAAAAGCACCAGCAAUUUCAAAGCCGACGGCAUCUCAGGCACAGCUGAAGCCAAACGCAAAGCUUGGAAACUAAACCGUGUUGGUAGCCUGCGAAAUAUAUACAGCAGCAGCAGCACCAACACUGAAGAACAAGAAGAAAACUUUGAGUUUAUCAUUGUCUCUCUCACUGGCCAGACUUGGCACUUUGAAGCUACCACAUACGAAGAAAGAGAUGCGUGGGUACAAGCCAUAGAGAGUCAGAUCUUGGCCAGUUUACAGUCCUGUGAGAGCAGCAAGAACAAGUCGCGCCUGACAAGUCAGAAUGAGGCCAUGGCCCUUCAGUCGAUAAGGAGCAUCAGAGGCAAUUCCCACUGCGUGGACUGUGAAGCACAGAACCCUGACUGGGCCAGCUUGAAUCUGGGAGCCCUCAUAUGUAUCGAAUGCUCAGGUAUACACCGAAACCUUGGCACACACCUCUCCCGAGUCCGCUCUCUUGACCUGGAUGACUGGCCUAUAGAGCUCAUCAAGGUGAUGUCUUCAAUUGGGAAUGAGCUGGCAAACAGCGUUUGGGAGGAGAGCAGCCAAGGCCAUAUGAAACCUUCAUCAGAUUCCACGAGGGAGGAAAAAGAGCGCUGGAUACGUGCAAAAUACGAGCAGAAGCUCUUCCUUGCCCCGCUGCAGUGCCUGGAACUUUCUCUUGGCCAACACCUCCUGAGGGCUACAGCCGAGGAAGAUCUGCGCACGGUCAUCCUGCUCCUCGCCCACGGCACGCGGGAGGAGGUGAAUGAGACCUGCGGAGACGGCGAUGGGCGCACGGCCCUGCACCUGGCCUGCAGGAAGGGAAACGUGGUGUUGGUGCAGCUCCUGAUCUGGUACGGCGUUGACGUGAUGGCACGCGAUGCCCAUGGGAACACCGCGUUGGCCUACGCCAGGCAGGCUUCGAGCCAGGAGUGCAUUGACGUUCUCCUCCAGUACGGCUGCCCCGACGAGCGCUUCGUCCUCAUGGCCACUCCGAAUCUGUCCAGGAAGAACAACAACCGGAACAACAGCAGUGGAAGGAUGCCCACCAUCAUCUGAGGAGCUCACUCGUGUAUUCGCUGACCUGAAUUACAUCCGCGGCCUCAUAUUCCUCCAUUCCCAUCACGGCUCUGCUCUGUGAGUCCAAUAACUUCCCUUUUCCCUUUACCCUUCGGUGCAUCCCUGUCCCAUCCAGAACCAGCACAUCUGGAUAGCACGAGGGGAUGAGAAGGAGCGAAAGGGGCUGCAGAGAAAGCAGUUGUUUCAGUGACAGCUCUCGAACGAUGGAAACGGGACAGCAGAAGCGUGCGAGAGCACGUGGGUUCUGUAGGACACGGCGCGUGGCACGGGACCAUGGGGACAGUUGUCCCUGGGCACAGGCUCUACAAGUGCAGAAGGCAGGGGUGGAGGGAGGUGAGAGCGGGAGCGAGAGGAGAAGAAAGAAGAAAUGGUAACUUUCCAUAACUGACAGUUAAGCACAUCAGUACAUUUCACCUCUACCAAACGGAACGGCUGGAUUUCAUUCUCUUCUCUGAAGAGCUUGACGGCAUAAAUCAGAAGCAAGCACAGAGUUUGUCAGGUUUGAAGCUCCUAUGAUGGUAUGUGUCAAAUCAGUUGUAGCUAAUCUGUCCAGGGAGAAUACUGGCUUCAUUACACUUGUAUAGUUGAGUUCUUCCAGCAUUACCGCUGUUUAAUAGAACAUGAUUAGUCAUCACGGAGAAAAAAGCAUAUUAGCUGAGGAGGUAGUUACAUGGCACGCUUCGGUGAUUGCUUGGAUGUGAUUGCAAUAUUCUUAGAAGCAUCAUAUUAUCUCAGACAUGUUCUUUCGAGCCCUUGGAGCCCUCCUUUCUAAAUUCACUGUCAUAAUUUAGUAUCUGUUUAAUUUUUCAGUCCAAAGAGAGGAAAUGAGUUGCUGAGUGUUAUUUGACUGCAGUCUCCUUGGUGUAAAAACAAAAUGGAAAAAAUAAAUAAGAGUAACUAUGAAACACAAAAAGGAAUAAUGAAUACUGCUAAGGAAAAGCAUUUCAAGUACGUUUAGUAAAAUUAAUAAAUGCAUUAAAGGCUAAUAUUUUUCCAGCCAGCAGAAAUACGUUCUGUCAUUUUGCCAAGGUAAACGUGUUGAGUUUUUGGUCACUCCUGUGAUGCAUUGCCUAACUUAUACAGAUUUUGUAUUGUGUCUUUAGAUUAUAUGUAUGUAAAAUCUAUUUGAAUAAAAAAAUCAUAAAUAUGCAUUGAUUUUUUUUUUGUACAGAAAAUGACACCUCUGUUAAUUUAUAAACUGUAAUGGAUGUGAACUAAAUAAUGUGCAACUAGUUAGGAUCUGUGGAUUCCGGAUCACUGUAUGUUGAAAAUAUCCCCAGCAGUGAACUCUGUUUCCAUUGCAAGCCUUUGAGGAACAUAUCAGAAUGAGAUUAUGGCACGCUUGGCAUGAAAAAAGUAUGUAUAUAUAUAUAUGAGACCGUUUAGAAAGGAAAAGAGGCUGUUUCUCAGCACUGUAAAUAUAUUUUACUUCAGAAGUCACGACGCUUUCACAGGCCAAGACGAAAAGCCAUAGUCUGGAUGCGUGCAGAUCAGAUUGGGUUAGUUUCAGGAUUGAUAGCCUUCACCGAGGCGGGCAGGGCAUGGCUGCCCUACCUCUGAACCUGGGAGAAAAAGGGCUUGUUGAAAGGAGCCUGGGCAGUUCAUUUGAGUUCCAGGUUUUACUACUUGACUUGAUUUUUAUUGUUUUAUUAUUAUUAUUAUUGUUUGUAUUACCAGACAGAUCCUGGCUUGUGCCAUUUGCUUCAAAACCAGGUUUCUGGCACAGGGAAGCAGGCUGUAUGAUUUUUUGGCAGACCGAAAAGUAGUUUUUAAGUGGCAUAUGGCAAUGUGGAGAUGGGGGAAGGGUGUAUCACGGAGAAAGUUGAAAACUCAACUGAAUUAGAUGGCAAAGGAGCAAUUAUGUGAAGUCAGUGAGGUACACACAGCAUAGUAAUUUGGAAAUCUACCUGCUCCUUAUGUAUUUCCCAAGCCUUCAGUGUUGUUUUUCCUUGGGGCUCUGUAUUUCGCUUGACAUACGAAUGGGAGGACGAUAGCAAUUGCUAAACAAAAUAUAGGUCGAUGCAAAAUGAGAAGGAGAAAAAUUAUUCUGAGUAUCUUAAGGAAGAGAGAGAAAAUUACAGGUUGGGUAUCAAAUCAUAAAACUUGAGAAUACUGACUGGCUUUCCCUGUUCUGUGCUGUUGUCGUUCCGUACUUUGAUACUGUACUGACCUCUGACCAUAGAGGGGGUCUUUCUCCAUCCAGCUUAGACUGGCUGCAUCAGAUUAAUGCUACAUCUGAUUCUGUGCACGCUAGGAUUUUUUUACUUUUUAUUUUUUUUUAACUUUUGAGGGAUAAUUGCUGUUUCUCCAAUCGUUCCCAUGCAGCUCUGAUAGUGAUGGGUGGUCCCUCAGUGACAGGACGGCCCAUUGAAGGUUCAGCUGAGUGGGAUGCUGCAAGCCCCCAUGUCUUGGUGCUCACAAGCUUUCCACCCGUUCCAGGGGGCAUGGUGUAAACUGGGGAAGUGCAGCACAUGUUCCCAGACGUGCAGGCUGCCUGCUGUUCCCCUGGGAACAGCCAGCGUGUUUCUCUUGGAAAAUCAAGUCCAAUGUUUCAAAUACGUUGUAGGCAAAUUUUGCCGCGGUUAAGUUCUCAAUGCUUCUUCCAUUUCAGAGCUUAUUUUUUGUCCUGAUUGAAAAUAUUUUCUGUACAUAGGUGAAGUGCUCUCUUUAGGCCACCUUUCUGAGUGUGAGAUGUGAGAAGCAAGGACAGCAGCCAGGCUGUCGUGCAGGCUUCAGGUAGAAGAAUUGUACGCUCCUUUCAUUAGAAGAAUUCUGCAGGUGAACCUUGGAAAACAGGAUUUUUUUAGGAAAGGAACUUCCGCUGUAUUAUAGGAAAAAUGAUGUAUCAAGCCUAGCCAACUAAUAACCUCAUACUUUAACUAAUCCGUGACACAGUUGCUUUUAACUUAAACAUAGGUUUUCCUUGGACGUAUCAGCAUUGGCAGUGAUGAUGUCAAAGCAGUGCUCUCAUGGGCCGUGCUUGGCUUCCCCAGGGAAAAACUCCAUCAGCCGAGUCCCGCUGUCCUUGGCUUCGUGCCGUGAGGUUUCGGGACUCCGUGCUCUUUCCAGGCGGAUGCGUUUGUGCUUUGCAAAGGGUGUUCUUGAAGCCAUCCAGGUGCAGAGACAGGCAGGCUUUGAGAACCGGCAGCAGUUGUUCUGUCUUCUAACCUGUCCAUUUUCAGGUCUUCGUUUUGCCUUCAGCCCCCCCUCUUGUGGCUUUUACGGAACCCACUUGUCGGGCUGCUUACGCCCCUUCGAGCACGUGAGGAGCAAAUUGAAAACGAAUUGAAAUCCAGUCAGUAAGAGAUCCCAGCAGAAAUGCACUGACUAAAUCCGUUAGCGUUGUCUGAGGGAAUGGAGAUUGUGGCCGUGUUUCUCAGCGUUGAACCCUUUUUGUGAUCCCAGAUCCUUUUAAAUCCCACUUCCUCUGCACUUUAUCCACCGUGACUAAAACACUAGAUGGAAGUGUUUGCUGUUAACGUCAGCACUUUUCUUCUAUUUCCAUCGGGCUAAUUGCUGUUGAAGAGCAGAGGUGAGCCAAAUGCGUUGAAUCUGGCAACUGAACCUUCACCUGCCAGGAGUUCAAGAGGGUUUUACUUAUUCCUUACUAUUUUCUUGGGCAAAUAUAGUCUUGCCAGUUCAGAGAUUUGGCCAAGGGUUCCCAUUGCCAGAUUUCUGGUUUCAUUGCUAAAAGGGAGCAGAAGAAAAGCUGUUUCUGGAGAAUCUUGGUAUACCCCAAGCUGAGGAGACCAAAAGAGCUAGUUGAAAGGAGGAGAGGGUUUGUAAGCAUUUCUACUUGGGUGUAGUGUAUAAUAACCGUGUAAACAUGAAUACUGUUUACUCUGCUGUCUUUCCCCAUUUCCUUAAAUUAUGUGUGUUAGUGCACGGAGCUUUAGCUGCACUUGGAGAUUUCCCCUGGCAAGAAGAAGCUGUGUAAUGUAAAGAAGGGAAUAGAGGUGUGAGUGCAGAUACAUUCUUAGCAAUGAUCUCCAGCACUGUAAUGUAGUAUAAUUAGAUGAUACGGUUUUCAGAUAGCUUCAUCUUUUAUAUUUGUAUGGAGAUCGGGAAAAAUGAAGUAAUUUGUAGUUUCUAGUGUAAAGUAGUAAUAGUGGAGACAAGCACAGAUUUCACAGAGGGUUCCUUAGGGCCCUUCACAAAUGUCUCGGGGAGCCGUGUUUGCACCUUAACAGGGAACGGGUGUUGGUUGUACUUGGAGGUACCCAAGGGGAAGAAGGAGAGUGCUGGGGACCAAACGUGGGGCACUUGGUCUGGAUGCGUGAGGACUUGCCCGUUCACAUUUCAUCAUCAGGAUGCUUUGUUUUAUCCUUCCUACAGCUGUUAGCACACGGGAGAUCUCUGUCUGUUAGUCUCGGAUCCUCUGUUGAACAUCUUCCAUUUCAGCCCAUUUGUGGGUAAGAUUUCUUGUAGGACAUCUUUGGCUAUUCUUGUGUUUGCUGCAUUGCAAACUCAAUGCCACAGAUUAAAAGGAUCUGCAAAGAGUUUUGACUUGUAAGUUACCAAAACCAACAGUGGUUUAAAUGGUUUUAUUAGAAGGACAUCUCCUGUUUGAACAAGUACGGAAUAGAGCAAACAAUCCAAAGCUGUAGGUAGGUAAAUCUGUUCUAAUUUUUGUUUGCUUUUUUUAUCAUGGGCCAGUUUUUAAAGUGAAUAUUUGGUGAUUUCAUCUCAUAGCGGUUCCUUUGAGUUGGCUGAAUAUGUCUUGCAUUUUCAACAGGGGGUAGGAGAGUUUUGGCUGAGAUUCUCAGAGCUGUCAGUAGGUCUCAUUCUGAGGGAAGGGUUGCAUGAUCUCUGAAAACAAGAUGACUUUUUUCAGUGCCACCCUCAGCCCCAAACCACUAAUGCUUUUGGUGAUCUUGGCCCCUGUGUUUCAUUUCAGGCUGAAUAAACUCCCACAGUUUGCUCUUGUUCCCUGAGUGCUUGGGGGACCUUUCUUGGGGGCAAAUGGAGGAAAAAUCUUUCUAUCUUCAUGCUUUUCACCUCUCUCAAUCCCUGCAGCGUAUUCAGGCAGUAGCAGUUGGUCCUGCUGACGUGCAGUGCUUCAGCUUUCUCUUGGCCAUGAACUUCGGGGCGUUUUUUGCUUCCAGUCCUAAGAGUUGCCUAUUUUGCGAUGCUUUGGAGCUAGUAAUGUUUACCUGUGUGUUAUGUACAAAGCGUGAAGGGGGGUGGGGGGCUUAUCAAGGUCUAAUGGCAUGCCUUUGGGAUGACCGUGUUGCUUGCUGGCAGUUGAAUGCACCAUCCGCUCUUUUGUGUGUGCCACGUUCUGCAGAACUGAUCAGUGUGUUUUGCUUCUGAGAACUCAUCCUUCUGUCCUUCCCACCUCCCUCUGUCUGUUGUUAGGGUAGCUAAAUAGUGUGAGGGCAACUGAGUGGGAAUCUCAGAGCAGCCCCGGUGCCUCGUAGGAAGCUGGAAGCGUGGUCUCUGAUUGCCAGAUGGAGGGAGUGAUGCUGUGCUGAAGGCAAGCCCCAAGCCCGGGCAGUACUGAGGAAGGCUCUGGGUGCAGUUUGUCAGCUAGUUCCCACAUCUAGAAGCUCAGUGAUGGAGCUGAGUUGGUCAUCAAGUGCAGUGAAGUCCUAAGGUAAAGCAGUGUAUUGCAUGGAUGUCGCUAACCAGAUUAACUAAAAGUGCUUUGCAUUUGUGUGUGUGUGUAUGUAUACACAUAUGUGCUCAACGUACCUCUAUCAGCCAUCCUCUAAGUGUCCACGCACACAUUUACACAUCAGUCACAGCCUGAAGCUGGAGCCAGGUUUUCAGUUUGGUGUUUAUAAAUGACACGUUUCCCAAUUUGGCUCAGGCCAGCCAUUUCCAGGAGUACAGGAGGGCUGCACGGUGCCACACGGGGCAGGGAGAUGCAGGAGCUGGCUCUGGAAAGCUCGGGGUUUACAAAGAUACCUGGCUCAGAGCAAAAAUUGAGCUCAUUCAGAUGGCAACAACUCGAAUUCUGAAAGUGGGACUGAACUGGCCGCUUUGCCUGGGAUGGGAACUGCAGCCCAGCAGCCUGUGGGCACGGGGAGGAGACGUGGAUGGGGCUAAGGAUAUAAGACUUACUUCCCAGAGGCCCUAUCUUUUUUAUAGGUUUGCUCAAAUUUGCAGCUGAAUUUAAGCGUGGGCUCAGCGACUGCCCUCCUGCAGCAGAUCCAAUGGUGUUUUGGGUCCUUCCUGAUCCACAGCAUUACAGGGGAAGGAGACGUGGUUGGUGAGGAGCAGGGCACCUCUUCAUCCUUACCCAGGUGUCUGUGGCCAUGGUGCUUUGAGGGAGCCAUAACCAUCAGCUGAUGUGUGCUAAGCCCUCAUGUGUACCAGCAGCGCAGGGAAGCCUGUGUGCUCACAGCAUCUCUACUCUUGCUUUCAGUUAAGCUCAUACUGGUGGGCAGCUUGGGCCAGGGUUUCAGCACAUCCUUACGGGCGCUACCAAAUCCAGGGCUGAUUGGGAGAGGCAGAACUGGGCUCAGAUGCACAAAGGUCACGGUUGGGUGUCAGCCAUCACCACCAGGACGUGUGCCCCAUUUCUCCCCUUACACCCACGACUGAUGCAAAGGCCGGACUCGGUGUUUAGGGGUGCUCAGCCCAGUGUCGUUGCGUUCUUUUUGCUUUGUGAUGCUUGUGUUUCUGGUUAGGACAGGGAGGAAGGGCACCCAGGUGAGUAGGGUCACCUGAGAACUGCGUUUGGGGUAGAGGCAGAGAUACCUAGCACAUGGCAGGCUUUAGAGCAAGGUUUGUUUGGGUUGGGUUGGUUGUUUUUUUUUCUGUUUCUGUAAAUAGUAAUGUAUAAAUGAUGACGAGACAGUGUGGAAAUUAUUAAAAAAUACGUCUUUUGUUGUUGUUUUUAUAUUACCUCAUUCAGCAAGUUUGUUUUACAAUGACUCGAUGCUUUAUUUAUAUUGUUUGUACUGUAAUUAAAACGAUUGAUAAACAUUUCACUUUGCUUGUUGUUUCAUAUGAUUUUGUUUUGAUUACGUAUGCCGGUUUGUAUUAUGUUUCCCUUUCCUCCCUCUUCGCAUUGAGGUUUUUCGUGUCAGCUGUACAGUAUUCCGAAUUAAACAACAACAAAAAAAGCAAUUAAAAACAAACAAGUUGUAAAGUACCACAGAGGGAGACUGCUAUACUGUAUGGUCUCUUUCUAAUAAAGACAAGAAAACUUGUUCGUCACA